AACUCGUACCCAGUUUGCGCAUGCGCUCAGAGGUCGCCGGGGUACACAAUGGAGUCGGACGACUGGCUUGGACACUAGAGGAGUCUCGUCGCUUUUGUAAGCGGCAGUUAGAGUAUUAUGAAAUAACCGCAGAGGUUCAAGCCUGGCGGCCAACAGUGGCGGUGACGCCGUCCACAGACGAGUUGACCGGAAAACGAAGGGUGCUGAGUAACUGUCGAGUUCACCUGUAUGUAGUCUUCUUUAGCACUGGCUGCUCUUCUACAUUUUUUCCUCAUGUCUUUGUCCGAAAGAGCAGUGAAAUAAAUCGUCCGAUAUAACUGCUGAAGAAAAUGUCAGAGGUCAACAUAGCCAAGCGCAAGGAGAAGUGCGAGAACUGCACCAAACAGUGCAAUAAGAAGCAAAGCGAAGAUGGGGCCAACUCAAACCAGGAAAGCGAAGAAGUCAAUGGGCAGGGGAAUGAAGGCUCCCAGCUUUUGUUGAGCGCAUGCCUGUCCUGUGACGGCUGUCUGUCAGACGAGGACACCUUGAAGAUUUCUCAGCAGGGUCUGGAGGAAGUGGAGCGAGUUCUGGCGCUGAAUAAGAAGUGUGAUGCGUCGAAGCACAAGGUGCUGGUGGCGUCGGUGUGUCCGCAGUCUCUGCCUUUCUUUGCUGUCAAGUUCGGUGUGGACAUCGCUGAAGCGGCCCACAAGCUCUGCGGCUUCCUCAAGCACAUCGGAGUGCAAUAUGUGUUUGACACCACUCUGGCAGCUGGCUUCAGCAUCCUAGAGAGUCAAAAGGAGUUUAUUCAGCGAUAUCGCAGGAGGCACCAUGACUCCCACGCCCUGCCCAUGUUCACCUCCUCCUGUCCAGGGUGGAUCCGCUAUUCAGAGCGUGUUCUGGGCAGCCUGGUCACUCCUCAUAUCUGCACAGCCAGGUCUCCCCAACAGAUCAUGGGGUGUCUGGUCAAAGACUACUUCUCUAAACAGCAGCAGAAGUUGAGUCCAGAGAAACUCUACCAUGUGGUGGUGGCUCCCUGCUUUGAUAAAAAGCUAGAAGCUGUCAGAGAAGAGUUCUACAACAGUAUGCUGGAGACCAGGGAUGUAGACUGUGUACUUACCUCAGGGCAGAUUUAUUACCUGAUGGAGCAGAGGAAGGUGUCGGUGGAGGAGCUGGACUCAGUUCCACUGGACCAAGUGCUGGGAGACGGUGGAGACGUGGCGCUGGUGAGACAUGACGGCAGAGGCUCUGAAGGUUUCCUGGAACACGUGUUCAAACACGCUGCUAAAGAACUCUUUGGUGUGGACGUCCAGGAGAUCACAUAUAAGACCCUCAGGAAUCGGGACUUCCAGGAAGUGACACUAGAGCGGGAUGGUGAAACACUUCUGCAGUUUGCUGCUGUCUAUGGUUUCAGGAACAUCCAGACUCUGGUUCACCGUAUGAGAAAGGGACGUGUGCCUUAUCAGCUGGUGGAGGUGCUGUCCUGCCCCGGAGGGUGCUUGAGCGGCCGCGGUCAGGCUGAGAGUGAGGGAGGUGCAGGCCGGCUGGACAAAGCCUUGGUCAACCAGAUGGAGGAGAUCUACAGCAGCCUUCCAGUCCGGCUCCCAGAAUUCAACCCUACCCUGCACACCCUCUAUCAGGACUGGCUGGAGGGUCAGGACUCGUCACAGGCCAGAAAGUUGCUGCACACGGAGUACAGAGAUAAGAGUCACGGCCACGCACAGCCCCCACACAUGCAGUGGUGAGAAGAAAGGGAACGUCUUCCUUUAAAGACAUGAAUGGACAGCUAUUCGAUUGUGCUUCUGCCUGGACCAUCACAUAUUCUAAAAACCUGUGGAUGACGCAGAAUGACGGACCAGUGACUGACGUCUCAAUAGAUCAUUCUUCCAUUUAACCACGGGGGGGGGGCUGCCUUUUUUGUGCCGAGCCUGAUGAAAUGUGAGGGGCAGAAAAACAAACACUUAGAAAUGAUACCGAGUGAAUCAGUGAAUGCAGUGAGGUGUUCUUAAACUGGCAAAAAACAAGAUCACCUGCUGUGCCAGCUGUUCUAAUAAGUGACAUCUGUAGCAAGUGUGAACCAUCAGUCUGUCGAGUCACAGAGCAAUAACCCCUUGAGAAAACAGAAGCUUUUAUCACAACUGGAACUCAUGAACCGAACCUGUGGAUGCUGAAUGUAUAUUUGAUGAGUUUGAAUCUUAGCUGUCCAGUAUGAAUCAUGCAGUUUUCCAUGCUAAAGUCAUCUCCACUGUUCCUAGCUGAAAGACUGCGUGUUCUCUAACACAGUGAUAACUAUGCAACAGUGUCUUAUUGAAUCAGUCACAGUAAGUCUGAUGCAUUAUUCAGAUUAUCCGUCCCAGAGGAAGGACAGUCCUUCUGUUUAAGGCUGCAAGAGGGUUUCAUUUGUAUCACUGCUCCAGUUUCACAAACUAGUAUUUUUAUUAAGUUAUGCAUAUUGUUUUACAAGAUCAAACAUUCAUGUCCUAUGUAAAGCACAAAAAGAAAAAUGCUUCUCACAAAUAAGUGACUUGUCUCAUUCUGAUGCUGAUGGUUUUUUGUUUUGGUCGGGGGACCUGGUCAUAACAUAAAGAGAUGUCACUCCGGAAACUUUAAAAAAAAAAUUUUUUGGGGUCCUUUGAGAACCAAAAGAUGCUGAUCUCUCCAAACCAGGCUGAUCACCAAAUAAUCUAGAUAGAAAAAGAGUACUACAGGUCACAGGAGAAAUGUGUAUAGUCUUAGUGGAAGCAUAGAAGAACUAGAGAACAAGAAGGGACCAAAAUUUGAACCUUAGGAGCACCACAGAUGCAUCACUGAUGAUUGAUGGCUGAAAAUAUUUAGAUUUUCUGUGCUGUCAUUAAGCGAACAAAUGGAUUAAUCUUUGAAUUUCUUCAAAAGAAAUAUUAAAACUGGCAAUUUAAAGAAAAAGGUUAUGACACUGUUGAAAUAACAUGCAUAUUCACACUUAUUAUUGCUUAUUAUUUAGAUCCAGGUUGUCUCUGAGUCAAAGGGAAAUGGCUCAUCUGACGUUUUCUCACCAACACCUGCCAAGUUGUUCAGUCUGUAGUCGCAUCAAAUUAAAGCAAAAUAUGAGAUUUAUUGUUUUCUUGGAUGGAGAAAAACACA